UACAAGAGGGGUGGGACCAAAGGGGCUGGCCAGCUGCAGCAGAUUGCAAAAUGGCAGCACUAGGGCCCUGAACCUGCUGUUCUUGCCCACAGCGCAGCUAGCGAUGAAGAAGAAGAAGAAGAAGAAGAAUCGGGCUAUUUUGACGUGAUGCUGAUAGGAAGGACCGGUCAGGGCAAGAGCACGGUGGGAAAUACACUACUGGAUAUCGACCCAGACACAAAGGAACUAAUGGGAGGAUACCGGCAAGGCGAGGUCAUCACUGACGUAAUAAAACGGUGGGACGGCAACGGAGACCAAAAGUACUUCUUUGAAGUCGGGGAAGGGAGUCAGUCGGUGACACAAAGAUGCAAGGUCCUCUCGAAUGAGAGGAACAAGGAUCGAGUCCUCGACACGAGGGGUUUUGCUGACACAGAGAACACACGUAGAGAUGGAGUCAUCAACGGAAACUUGCAGAGCUUUCGGUGGAUCCUGCAGGCACAGAAGAUGUACGACCUCCGAUUUUCCCGCGUUCUCUACUUUCUCCCGAAUCGCGGCGCACCCGAGCGAGCGGACGGCACGUUGCAAGAAGAGAUCAAAGUCAUGUACAGCUUCUUCGGGAGGCAGAUAUUUGACGUGAUGGUUGUCAUCGUCACCAACAAUAAGCGUCCCCACUACCAACAAGCCGGCUUCACUGACGAAGAAAUUUCCGAGACAAAGCAAGUUUUCAAACAUGCUUUUAUACAAGCCACAGGCAUCACCCUUCCAAAAUACCCGCCCAUCAUUUACCUUGGGUACAUGGAACGCCCAUAUAAAAAGGUAGUGGCCGCUGAUGUGAUAUCAGACGCUGAGAGGUUGUAUUUCUCCUUGGAGCAAGAAGCAGCCGAUCAUCCUCUAACAUCGUCCGUUAGAGUCAGCCACGAUAUGCCACAAGAAGAAAAGAAGCGUCUGCUCACAAACUAUCGGGGAAAGUAUUUCAAGUUCGAAAACCGGUGUUUGCGUUGCGCAGUCAAGAUCAUACAAGAAAAGCUGCCCUCGGGUGAGGAAGUGCCCGUUAGCACAGUCGACGGAGAAGGCAGCGUAACGCAACACGACGAGUCGCUCUGCCACGCAUUCUUCAUCCCGAAACACUCGAGCUUCGUUCGAUUCGUGGGUGGCGUUGCCCACAUAGCUACACUAGGCAUGGGGAUGGUCUACGAAAAAGUCUACCGGAAGAAAUCGUGGCCGUGGUUUACAAACUCUGAGGAGGUGUGUGUUGUGUGUCAAAGCCCGCCUGGUUCAGCUGGCUGUAGGCCAGUGGGAAAGAGCAUCGAGAUACGUGGCGAGAAUUACAUGAUUGCGCACUCGAAAGAGUUUGACCCCGUCACAUUACUGGAGGAAGAGGAGCAGCUGGCUCCGUAGUUUAAUAUAAGGUGUACUCUCUAAUUAAAGGAAAUUAAUCUUUUUAAGACAUGGAAAUUAUUUCACACUCUAAGAUGGACAUUAGUGGUUUUGUAUUAGAUCAGCUUUGCGUGGUUUCUUGACUUGUUUCUUCAUCUAACAGUUCCACUGUGUCCAAUUCACGUUUAUGAUCAAUUUUUUCCAUCUUCCCGGCAAUUUCGAAAUGCUGAUUGACAGGGUGACAACUUUGGGAGCCAGGUGCCUUAUUGCACUUUAUGCAUACUUCGUCUGAACUGGUAAAACUGGGCCAAGAUUUGUUCUUGGUGGCAUAUUCGUAUAGCUUUCCCAACCCUAGAGUUACGAUGUGUGCUAUGCCGCCAAAUAUUUUUUCAACUCGUGUGUAUUUUGGUAGAAGGAGAGGGUGGCAGUAAGAGCUAUCGUAAACAUCUUGAUCUCCAUUUGGGUAGAUUACGGCAAUGGGUAGCUCUUCGCCCGAUGCCUGUCUCUCAAACACUAGUUUAAUGGCACACUUUGAGCACCUGUCUUCGAAACUGAGUAGCCUGCCCCGAUUCUGGCGAAGAGCUUUCUUAAAUUCCUCACGGGGUGUUCCGUAUUUUAGCGUGGUUUGGGAAGAAUCGCCCACCUCCCCACGAAAUUCUGGGUCUAGCGGGUAUUCUGGUGAGAACGAAAAAUAUUCCUCGGCUGAAAUCACCUGAGUACCAUUGAUUAUUUUGAAGACUUCGAUGUAAUCUUCGUUGAAAGGUAUAUAAACUACUGGGGGGCAUUUCCGUGCAGGAACGUUUACUUCUACACCCUUUUCCUCUUCGACGACUAUCUUUUCAAAAGCAGACAAAAACAGCCCCUGAAUUUCUUUUAUAUCUUCCUCGCUAUAACCCGCCCUUUGGAAAUGAGGACGCUUGUUAUUUGUAACGAUAAUGAUCAUAAUAUCGAAUAUUCUUUGGCCGAAAUACCCAUGCAUUACUUUGAUUUCUUCUUGCAAGGUACCAUCUGCUCGCUCCGGAGGUGGACCGCGCUGAGGGAAAAAAUAAAGAACUCGAUAAAAGCGCAUGUCGUUUGCUCUCUGGGCUUGCAAGAUCCAUCGAAAGCUUUGUAAAUUGCCCUGUAUCACCCCAUAUUUCUGGGUCAUUUCAGAAUCAGCAAAACCCCUUGUGUCCAUGAUUCGAAUAUUGCCGUUGGACAAAACUUUACAUUUUUUUGUAACAGAUUCUUUUCCGUCCCCAGUUUCAAAAAAAUAUUCCUCGUCACCGUCAUACCCCCACUGCUCGAUUUUAGUCUCCUCCUUGUACGGCUUGCGUGUUUCAGGGUUAAUUCCCAGCAACUUGUUUCCAACAGUGCUCUUGCCCAGCCCAGUCCUUCCUAACAUCAUGAUGUCAUCGUAGCUAAAUCCAGCACCAUCGUCAUCUGAUCCUUCUGCCCCAGCUCCAUUGGUGAUUUCAAUCUGGAUUUGGAGACUUGGUGGCGCAGCUUUGGCCUUGGCUUUGGCAGCCAUUUUCAACACAACCAGCGGGCAGUUCCCUUUUAGGGCAG